GGAGGCUUCCUCAAGAAGUUCAGGGCCAGGUACCCCAACAAGCCCUACAUUGCCCUGGAGGACCGGAGGGGCUUCUGGGUGUCGGAGCAAUACGGGCGCCUGGGACCUGAGCUGAGUGAGAAAGCCAUCAGCAUCUGGGAAUCCAAGAACUUCUUCUUUGAGCUGGACCCACUCCCUGGGGCUGUGGAAGCCGUGAAGGAAAUGGCAAAUUUGGCAGACACUGACGUGUUCAUCUGCACAAGCCCCAUCAAGAAGUACCGCUACUGCCCUUACGAGAAGUACGCCUGGGUGGAGAAGCACUUCGGCCCCGAGUUUCUUGAGCAGAUUGUUUUGACGCGAGAUAAGACAGUGGUUUCUGCUGACCUGCUGAUAGACGACAGACCUGAUAUAACAGGGGCCGAGCAGAAUCCCAGCUGGGAGCACGUGCUCUUCACAGCCUGCCACAACAAGCACCUCCAGCUAAAGCCUCCCAGCCGCAGGCUGCACUCCUGGACCGACGACUGGAAGGCCAUCCUGGACAGCAAGCGCCUGCCACCCGGCCAGUCCACCUAA